AUGGCAUUAACACAACAAUUCUCCAAUCGACAGGGUUUCCUGGUCCUUGCUCUCUAUCUAAUCACAAGUUCGUGCGCCGCAUUCAUUUUGCCCAAAGUCCCAGAUAUCCCGACAGUUCCAGACAUCCCCCCGACAAUUCCAGAGAGCAUCCCUCCGACAAUCCCAGAUAUCAGGCCAGAGCCGGAAGAGCCAAUAACACAUGGUGGCUCUGACAGUCCGCCAGUUGAUGUAGACGAUCCAUCAUCCAUACCCAACACGGGGUCUUCGGGCGCACCAGGUGGAACUGAUCACACUCCGUUAUUCGCGGAUAAGGAGGCUCUAGAGAAAUACUUUAAACUCUUCGACGGUGUCACCGACCUUUUAAACAUCAUUGAAUCUGCAACCUCCACUACCGCCGCGACAUUCACCCGUCCAGCUGGCAUACCCACAGUGCCCGUCAACGCAGUGAUAACGCCAGAACCCACAGCCGCAGACCCAACUCUGGGCUGCAGCAUCUUCACAAGCUACAUGUCCCUCUGCGCACCAACCACCUCGGCAAUGGGCAGCAGCUCCGUCUUAGGCGUCCAAGCAACAGACCGCGCCUUCGCCUCCUGCGCCUGCUACUCAUCCACAUACUGGGUCCCCGACGCUCUCGACAGCGCCGCGCGCGCUUGCGCCGGCUAUACCACUGCAACCGUUUCGGAUAACCCUGUGGGAGGUCUAGCUGCGGCUGCGACGACUGCUUCGAGAAUGGAAGGGUUCUGUCAGUCGAUGGACAAUGUGCGGCACUAUGCCUCAGCGCAGUUUGGUGCGGUAACACCUACUGCAUCUGCUAGCUCGAGCCUCCAAUGGAAAUGGAGCUGGGGUGGUGCGGGUUAA